AGCUAAGCCUUACGUGUUUGGCAAUUAGCUGCUCAUCGUCUUCUCCCUGUCCUCACUAUGCCGGCCACGCCCUGGGAUUAAUAAUUAAGCAAGUCACUUGAAAAUCUCCUUAAUCACCUGACCGUCGCUGCUGUUCUCUUCAUUACGAUUAAUUCCUUCGCCUCUCGCACCCACAAACUCAAUCAUUCGACUUCGAUUGAUUAGUAAUCAAUAUCAUUCUGGGAUCAUGAUCAAAGAAGGGGUUCAACCUGUUCAUGGAGUUUUUGAUCUAAUCCAGCAGCCCUAUAACCAGUAUGACAAUGAGCUGUCCAUGUGGGUUGAACAUGUCACGCAGCAGCUCAUCGGAGACUCGCCGGAAACCGCCACCGGAGAAGAGAAUAUUACGGCAUGGUGCAAUGAGAUCGGGGAAGAAGAAGAAGAAGAAGAGAAGAAAGAAGUACUAGAAGUCCAGGAGGAGCAUGGGCUGAGCUUAAUGACACUUCUCUUCGAAUCUGCGGUGGCUAUAUCGGUUGAUAAUCUCGUCGAAGCUCACAGAAUCUUGCUCGAGCUGACUCAAAUGGCUUCUCCCUAUGGACCCUCCUGUGCCGAACGGAUUGUGGCCUAUUUCUCCAAGGCCAUGGCGAGCAGAGUCGUCAACACAUGGCUAGGAAUUUGCAGCCCGUUGAUCCACCACCGGAGCCUCCAAGCCGCCGUCCAAGCCUUCAACACCACCUCUCCGUUCAUCAAGUUUGCUCACUUCACCGCCAACCAGGCCAUCUUCGAGGCCUUUCACGGCCACGACAGAAUUCACAUCAUCGACGUCGAUAUCAUGCAAGGCCUGCAAUGGCCGGGGCUCUUCCACAUCCUCGCCACCGGCCGGCGGAGCCAGAGCGGCCCUCCCCACCUUAGAAUGACCGGAAUGGGGCCUUCUAUGGAGCUUCUGAUCGAGACCGGGAAACGGCUCUCUGAUUUCGCCAAGCGGCUGGGCUUGUCGUUUGAAUUCCACCCUGUCGCCAAGAGAUUGGGAGAUCUAGACGAUGCUUCGACGCUGCGAAUCCGGCGAGGAGAAGAAGAAGUAGCGGUGCACUGGCUGCAACACUCGCUCUACGAUCAAACUGGCUCCGAUUGGAAAACAAUGAGAAUCCUCCGAGAACUGGGUCCGAGGGUUUUCACCCUUGUGGAGCAAGACAUGGCGCAGGGAGGCUCGUUCCUGGACAGAUUCGUGGGCUCUCUGCAUUACUACUCCGCCAUUUUCGACUCUCUCGGAGCUUCACUGGCCAUCGACGACCAGAGCCGCCACCAGGCCGAGCACUGCCUCCUCUUCAAGGAGAUUAGCAAUGUGCUGGCGGUCGGAGGCCCGGCCCGGAGCGGCGAGGAGAAGUUGCGCCACCACUGGAGUACUCACCUCCCCGGAAAUGGGUUUUUUCCGGUGCCGGCGAGCGGGAACUCCAUGGCUCAAGCUCAGCUUAUAGUGAACAUGUUUGGGUCUAAUGGCUAUAGCCUUGUGCAGGGCGAUGGCGCGCUCAGGUUGGGUUGGAAGGGGACAAGCUUGUUCACUGCGUCUGCUUGGACGACGACUUCAUAUGCCGCCUCUAUAUAGAGGACAUAAUUAAUUACUUACUUAUUAUAACACAAUGUAUGGCCAUCUAACUAAUGGUUAAGAUUUUGUCAUGUCAAUUAGCGAAUUGUUAUAUUUUGUUUGACGUGACAAAAUCUUAACUAUUGGAUAUAUGAGUGAGUCCAAGUAUUACGUGUAUUUAAGUAUUUUUCUUUUAAAUAGUCAUGCAAACGAAGUUGUUAUGUACUACCGAAUAUCUUUUUUAAUAAAUAUUCUAAGUUA